AUGUCCGCACCUGCCUCACCCGCUGCGGCCACGAGCCCAUGCAAACGAAGCUCGCCCAGUGACGAGGAGGAGUCCAACGCGAAACGGCAGAAGACCGAUCUUGGGCUUUCCGCGACACCCGCCGAAGACGACGAGUCGUUACUCCCAUGCGCAACCAAAGUCAUCAUCCCUUCCCUCGACUACCAAGCAAAAAGCGGCCUUGAACGUAGUAUUGGCUUAGCAUUGCAACAUGUUGGCUUUGACUCCGCCACUACCGAGGCUAUGGAGAGCUAUUUGGUGACAGUUGAGACCUACAUGGCUUCUUUCAUCGAGGACCUCAAACGAGUUUCUCUCGCCGCGCGCCGCGAGCAACCAACGCCUGCCGACUUCGAGUCUACAAUGCAACGCUUCACCCUCAAGACGAAGGCUCUCAGACCUCACGCUCGCCAACCCGUCCCCAAAUCUAAGCUCGCCGUCGACUACUUUGACCCGAUGCCCGAGGACCCCGAUGCGCAUAUUACCCUGCCACUUCUUGGAGAAGAGCUGAGUGGCAGGCCAGAGAAGGAGGCCAAACCAUACAUUCCCAAAUCGUUUCCUGAUUUCCCGAGCAAGCACACGUACAAGUACACGCCAAAGGAGGACGAUAGCGGACGAGAUCCUCAGAAGAUGAGGGACGAGGCUGCAAAGGCAUCGAAACAAGGCGAGGAAGCCUUGCGAGGCUUGGUAAGGGCGACUAAGAUGCGGAAGCAGAAGGAGGUCAGAUCACUGUCGGAGCGCGACCCUAUGACCAAGGAGCGCUACUCGCUAUGGGCCGCGGCUAUGGAGGGGUUCAUGAAGAAGGAGGGAGGGGCAACCGGACAGCUCGAGAUCGCCGACCACAGUAUGAUUGUCAAUUCGGAUGCGCGACACUUGCGCAGAGAGGUGCAGCGUCAGGGGAAACGGGCUGCGGGUCAAGGUUAA